CUGCGUAAACACAGUUGACCUUCAUCGUUCCAGCAUGAACAUUCCUUCGUUUAUUUUUUGUGCCCUCGGGCUUACACUUGUUACCCUAAGAGUUGACGCUCAAUGCUCCAGUUGUUCCAGCUGUAUCAGCUGCGUCGUUGGGCCCCCAGAUUACCUAUGUCCAACUCCUCCAACCACAUUAGAGGUCUACGCACCACAUGAAAGCUACUGCACUCGGUUUUAUAAAUGCGUCAACGGUAAGGCCGUUGAAGGUCGCUGCCCAUCCGGAACGUUUUUCAACCCGGUGCAGAAGCUCUGUUGCCCUGACGAGUCCCUAUGCUACCGUUCCAAUCCGUGCGUGUUGCCAGUGCCUGAAUGUGCCAACUGUGCCAAUCAGUUCGUCAACUCUGAAAUGUUGGCCUCGGCUUUCUUCAUAUGCAACUGUGACGGAACCGGCGUUACCAAUCAAUGUCCGAUGGCGUUCGAUCCUUGCACCAAUAGCACUGUGCAACUGGUGUUCACCGACGGAAACUGUGAUCCACCAGAGGAGAUCACUACCACAACGACCGAAGAAACAACCACCACCACCACUGAGGAAGAAACGACAACUACGGUAGAGGAAACCACUACCACCACUGAGGAAGAGACGACCACCACAACCGAGGAGGAAACAACCACCACCACUGAGGAAGAAACCACGGUUGAGGGAUAGGUGUAUGCUUUGGCAAGAUUUUCAAACUUCAAGUCCCAGAAUCAAGGUUUUUGAAAAAUUACAACCAAACCCAUAUGUUUUUAAUCACGUAUUUUGGGUACUACAUGAUUUUUUUCAGUGAAAUAUGACAUGUGUUCUGGCGAAAUAAACUACAAUUGAUUUUGUAAAUCUUUUUCUGUUUCGUGAAUAUUUUAGUAAAAUUGUCUAACUUCAACUCAAAAAGUACAUAAUGUUAUUGAAGAAGACGAUGCAAAAGAAUGGCGUUAAGAAUAUUUUAACAGAAUUCACGCAUGUAUUUUCCACUGCUCUAUGUUUCAAUAUGGGGGGCAACGUGGCGUAGUUGGCUACACGUUCGCUUCAUAAGCGGAUCAUCAUGGGUUUGAUUCCCAGCCCCCCAACAAAAAAAAACUCUUCGUCAGUCCGCUUGAAAACUACACGAGUUCCACCCGUCCAACACCAUGGCCGUCUGAAAGCGGACUGACAACUGACCCUCUUCUGAGCGAACAUGGUCUAAUGUACCUGGAUAGC